UUUGCACACUUCGUACUUCCCUCGUCGUGUUUUUUUUGUUCGACAAGUAAAGAUUAAUAUUCUGAGACAGGAAAUCAUACGAAAAGUUGAAACGGACACUACUCCUCAUCAAGGAGAUCGAUAAACGUGAAGCAAUAGAAUACAACUUGUUCUACCAAUAGCAAUGAAUUAUACUAGAGUCGAUUCUACUUCACGUUCUCCUUCCUUUAGAAGUGAGGGCGAUCAAGAGUGGUUUUGAAUAUGUAGAGCGGAUGACCAUGACGAUGAGGAUGAGCGUUAACGUUACAAAGGCUGUGUUCGUGUCUCGUUUGCGUGUAGUGUGGUGAUUCCUUCAUCGAGAUCGAGAAACGAUUAUCCUGUGAGCUCUCUGCUACUUCGUGGCCACUGAUAGCAUCUGUCUCGUCUACAGUGCAGCGUUAACAACGAAAAGUACGGACCACGUUUGUUUAUGUACUCGUUCUUUUUCAUACUCUUCGCCAAGCAAAAGACUGGACUGUGAGGGACGAGUCGCAAAUUUCUAUCGAGUUUGAGGGAAAGAAAAAGUCAGCUCUACUCUAGGUUCAUCUAGAUGUUGACGUAAAAGCGAAACUAUAGCAGUAUUUCCGGGUUACCAUCUCGCUUGAUUUCAGUUUUGGUCCCUCUCGCGCUAGCGCUACCUAUUCGACUUCGUUGAUCGCAACUCCAUGUGAGUAAUUUUCUAAUUCUAUUCAUUCAUUUUCUGGACGACACUAUCGCUAUCCCAUUGUGUUGAAAUUUUCUUUGGACGGUGGAAUUACUGCUCUUGUAUUAAUAUUCUUAGUUUUUAAAUUGAAUUUGGCGGGUCACUCAAAAAUAACUACAAGAAGAGGUAUUUCUAUUUGUUUUUUUCGCGGAUUUUCAGACGAACGAACAAACUAGAAGGCUCAGGUAAUCUGCAUCCAAAAAAAGAUGGCGAGUGUACAAAAAGAGUCGACCUUUGAAAAAAGGUCAGCCGAAGCAAGACGGAUUCUGGCAAAAUACCCCGAUAGGAUCCCGGUCAUAUGCGAGAAGGCGCCUCGUUCCGAUCUCCCUGAUAUCGACAAGAAGAAGUUUCUCGUAUUUCAUCUACACACUUGUAUUAUUGAUUCUUGAUUCAUUUGCGUUGAAGAUGAUGUAUCAUUAUCAUAGUGUCUAAGGCGCGUCUUAUUCAGUACUAAGAGAUCUAACUCGUGUAUAUUGAUGUUGCUAGUACUAUCCAAACCAACGACCGCAGCUAGUAUCAUGAUUAUUGUCGAUACUGUCAAAAUCACAUCAUCGCUUACGUCGACUAGCCGACUACCUUGUUUACUCGUGAUGAAAAUCUUUGCCUUGUAUCCUGUAAUUUCGCGGCAAGAAAUCAGUUUUAUGUAUGUCCAUCAUUUUCCCGACAACCAGGUACCAGAUACGAUGUUGUGCGGCCAGUUCAAGUACAUUAUUCACAAGCACAUAAAUCAGUGUGCAACGACACAGAACCAGAUAAGCGCGGAUCAGACGAUUUACCUGUUUGUGAACAACACUUCUCCGAAGACGGGGGCGCUCAUGUCGGAAAUCUACGACUCCUACAAGGCCGAUGACGGCUUUCUCUACAUCACCUACAGUGCAGAGAACACUCUGGGCUGAUGACGAGGGCCUCGCACCAGGUCGCUGCUGCUGCAGCAUGGAGGUACGACUAGAAGGAGGUCGUCUUGUUGAACAUGGUCUACGCAUCAUCAAGAACUACAACUAUGGGACUCUUACGAGGAAAGCAGAUGCAGAAGACGAAGCAUUUUUGGAUCGAGAAGAAGAGGUUAGAGAAGGAACUACAUACAGCUAAAGAAGAAGACAUUGCGUUGCGGAAGCUUGAGCUGCAAAAAAUACGGCCGUUGACGUUGAAGCCCUUCCCCUCUAUCCUCCAGCGUUGUUGUGUACUAGAGGCAUUUACAUAUCAAAUCAACACUUGAUACAAGAAUCGUAAGGUAAUGUCGUGAUAGGUUGUAUUUUGGCGAUGAAAUGGAAAUAGUAAUAAAUAGAUACAUAAGCAGAUGAAGAAAAAGAACGCGCACGAUCUCCCCUUGAGCCCCUGAAUACGCCAUAACGGGGUGCAAUUUACCCACUAGGAUUGCGUUUUUGGUUCUAAAUAGCUCGUCCUCUUUUGUCGGCACCUGCAUGAAAGACCCUAACUUCUGCUUCUCGUUAUCUCUUCAUAACCUUAUCUUCUCGAUACAACUCGUUCGUCCUGCUUUUGAAUGACAACCAAGGUAAAUGUCAACAAGAACAACAACAGGAAGAUUCAGAUUGUCGAUUUACAGAUUCGCUGGCAUUUUUGAUUUUUUCUAAGAUUCGCUCUCAUCCUUAACCUUUUCUAACUAGCAACACCAACCACUAGUAGUAAGUAAGGUUUUGUCAACAUCUCGUAUUCGUCGUCAACAACCAAAGAAGCUCCACCAGCAAGAAAUGUAGAACUUCUGAAUUGUUAACACAAACUUUGCUGUCGUGAAGAUCACGAGGUAAUCAGUAGGUCAAUGUUUUUCCUCAGCACCUCGAGUUGCUGGUGAACUUGAUGCGAAUUUCAAUGGAAGAGAAGGAGCACGCUAAAGCCGGAAGAUGGGGUGCUAAUGAGACGGCUCCAAAACGAUCAGGUCUAAUCUGGACGUCACAAUAUGAUAAUUGAUAACACGACGUGUUUUCGUUGUUCGCCACCGGCUGUUCAUCUUCGGUCCUCGAAGCGAUCGAUUCCUGUGAAAUACUGCUGGUGAUGGAACCUGAGGAUCUUCAACUGGUGUUAUUCAACUGGACGAGGACCUCCAGUUAUAGUGUUUGAGUUGCC